AUGAAGAAAAAUGAAGACGACUUAGAAAAUAAAGAUGGGUCAACAGCAAAACAAAUUGUAUUAAUUUCAAAAACAGGUGGUCGUCAUCAAGUUGAGAGAAACAUUUUUCAUCAGACCAGUGGUUAUUUUCAAAAAUUAUUAAAAAGCGAAAUGAAAGAUGCUAAUUGUAGAGAGCUUUCGUUGAAAUGUUUAACGAAUGAAUCCUUAAUAGAAGUAAGGAAUUGUUUAUCAAAGUUGUCAAGCAACGAGAUGGAAAGCCUGAAGUCGUUGAGUGAAGUAGAAGCAGGGUUGGAUGGUGCUUACUAUUUACUAAUCAAUGAUAUGAUUGAUAGCUACAUUGAUUUGUUAAUGAAACAUUUGAACAAGUCAACAUGUAUUCAUAUUUUGGACAUAGCAGACAAAUACGUUUUAAUUAACCAGGUGGUCGAAAAGGUUAUUAAAUAUAUGUUAAAAAAUGUCAAAGAACUCUCAGAAAACUCUAAAAUGUUAUUAUCACCUGAAGAAAUGUUUCGCUUUGUAGGGAGCGAGAUGGAUGUUUUCAAUUUCAUAAUCAAAUGGAUUUUGGAGGACCAGUCAAGAAAAUGUUUUACAGAAAAAUUGUUGACUGAAGUGAGGUACAGUCUAAUGACACCAACUGAGAUACAGAAAUGUACUGCCAUACUUCAUGAUCUGAAUUUAAAUAUUAACUAUGAUAAAGACAAUGAUUCAAACAUUUCUCGUACAGACGUGGAUUCAAAUUGUUAUAAUUUUUUGCCAGUUUAUGAUUUUGUUGAAACUUGCAAGAACAUCAGUGACAGAACUGGGCCAUCAGCCACCGUGAUAAAUCCAACAUGGAGGCAGGAACCACAUUUGGUAUUAUCUCAUAUUAGGGCCUGUGUACUUGACAACUGUUUGUAUCUGGUCGAAGAAAAAUGGUUUAUGCCUUAUAUCAAUAGUGCAGUUCAUUCGUACAAUCCGGUAACUAAAGUCUGGUCUAAGUGUUGCAGCAUGCAUAUUCAGAGGCUUAAUUUCUACCUGGGAGGACUAGAUGGUCAUCUUUAUGCAGUUGCUGGUACCACAUAUGACCUCGUAGAAAUUCCAACAGUUGAAAAAUACAUACCGAGCGAAAACCGAUGGCAUAUGGUGGAACCUUUACCUCUAGCUCUCGAACAUGUAUCAGAAUUUAUAGAAUACCAGUAUGACCCUUCUUACAACAAAAGGUUCUCGAGGGCUCCCAUGUUGACGGCGCGUUGUUGCCAUGUCAUGACAAGCGUGGGAUAUAAAAUUUUCGUCGUUGGAGGUCAAUUCAAACACCCUGAUAUGGAGCCAUUUGAUGAAUUUUAUGAGGCAACGGAUGGAGAGAUGUAUGAUGCGGAAAGUGAUCAGUGGUCAUCCGUGGUGAAGCUGAAGUCGCCUGUUUGGAAUUCACCAUUCAUCACCAUCAACAACUGCCUUUACACCUUUCAUCAAAAUAAGUGGAAUACAUUUGUUCAAAAAAUUAAUCUGGCCAAGCUCUUGAAUGAGAAAAAAACUUCAAAUGAUUCAAGUUUAUCAUCGAUGCAAGACAGGAAUGCUAAUAAUAACAAUGGAGCAGAAAAGCAGAAUUACCCUUGCGUUGAUGCUCUCACUUACGAUGACUGCCAAUUAUUGAAAUGGUUACCUGCCGAUGGCACAUAUCCAUUUGAUUGUCAAUACGUUGGUGUUAUGGUUACGUCGGAUGUUUAA